UAAAGCUCAUCUUUUGUUUCCGGUGUCUCAAAAUUUAAGAUGAAGAGUAACAACAAUUUGUACCAAGAAAGCUGUAGUUAAUCAAUUGCACCAGGAAUGAUGAUGGAAACGUCGCCUAUGCCAUCCUCUCUUCCAAGUACAGAUAUGAGGGAUACAGAUGAUUGGCAAUACCAGAUGAGAUGGCAAAUGCAGGAAAUUUUACCAGGCCUUUAUUUAGGUCCAUAUGCAGUAGCAAAUAAAUCUAGACUCAACUACCUCAAAGAACAUCAGAUAACUCAUGUUUUAUGUAUACGGCAGACCAUUGAAGGAAAAUGUAUACGACCCAACUUUCCGGAUGACUUCAAGUAUAUGGUGCUUGACAUAAGUGAUAGUGUGACAGAAAAUAUUAUACAACACAUACCGAAGGUUAAUGAAUUCCUUGAUGAAUGUUUAAGUAAGGGUGGCCGUGCUCUUGUCCAUGGGAAUGCUGGGAUAUCAAGAAGUGCUGCAUUUGUAGUAGCCUAUGUUAUGGAAAGAUUUGGCUUGUCUUUCAGGGAUGCUUUUCGGCAUGUACUGAGCAAGAGGUUCUGCAUUAGUCUCAAUGAAGGAUUUAUACAACAACUCAAGGAAUAUGAGCCAAUCUACAAGGCCCGAUUGAUCUUCCAGAAUGGAGAACCAUCUCCAUCUUCCAUCUCAGGACGGACUAUGAAUAAACGUAAAUUUGUAGAGGACAGUGAAAUGGACACAGAUGAUACAGAUGACAUGUACUCUGCAAGUGGUUCUUGAUAGGGGAACAAUAACCAUGGCAACCCCACACAGGGUUCAAUACAAAGUUGAUCUCAGGAGGCUAGAUUAAAUCCACAAUGUUAAUAAAAUUGUGCUCAUUGAAGCUGAAGUGCCUAUGUGAUGGAUAGGGAAUGAUUUUGUCUGCUCUGAUUUGACUACACAUGGACAGAGAUACCUGACAGAUUAGUAAUGAGGAAUUUCUACUCUGCAGAUUAUUUUCUUAAGCUUAGACAUUAACUUUUGAUGACUGAAUAUGUAUCACUGCCAUUAGUUUGUUCCAUUAAGCUAAUUGUAAGCCACUUUAACCUACAUUAAAAAAAAUCCUAUAUUACCUUGGUGCCAUUUCACACAUUUAGUGUAUGUGAGUUGUCUUUAUUGCUUAUUCUGGAUAAGAUAAUGCUCUGAACUUGUUCCUUUACUGUCUUAACAAAAUGUAUCAUUAUCUAAAAGAUAAGUUUGGUGUAAUAUAUCCAGUCAAAAGUACUGGCAAUCAAACUUAUCAUUAUAUAAUUAUCAAGUGUUGAUUAAUUUCAAAGGAUUUGGAUUAGUUUCUUGUGUCAUUAUUAAAUAGAAAAGGAAAAAAAAGAAAAUCAGUUUAGUGCUUAAAAGAUCUCCCAAGUCAAAUUAUUGUUUUGGAUUAAGAAUUAUAUACCUGGAGAGAAAUAAAAGUACCAGAAUGAAUAUUAAUAAUCCAUUAUGCCCUCAGUUAAAUAUAUGUAUAUAUUCAGGACUUGAAAGUAAAAGUUUAGCAGGUUCAGAUGAUCUUGAACCAAGUUUAUUUUUGAUGGCAGCAGUGUUGAAUUGAAUGACAUACAUAAUUUUCUGUGUGUGUCAAGUGUGACAUGAAUAUGGCAAAUGAUUUCUUAUGCUUUUUGCUGAUUUUUUAAACAGUUUUCAUGCAGAUACUCUAGUGUCCAUACGGAAUAUUUCCAGAAUUAACUGGCUAUCUACUGAAGACGAUGUUUAUUGUAUGUAGAUUAGUUGGUAAAGCCUUAUGUUGAAGGUGUACAAGCACUUGUUUCAUUUUAUAUAUAUGCAUUAGAUAUAAAAAAGGUUUGUUAUAGAUUGUGAUUUAUAAGAGCUGUGAAAUAAAAAAGACUAGAAGAAAUAUUAUGUAGUUAGCAAUAACAAAUUUUAGUAGUAUGCUAAUUUUUAAGCAUGAAUGUGGAUAUUUUGAAUUAAGGCUGUCUCUGAUGUGUUUUGACAGGAUGUAUUUUUGGAAUAAAUAAUUAUUGAAAAUUGUUAGCACUACAACAUUCUUACCUGCCCAUUGUUUAUUUGUAAAUUGGUUGUCUGAAAAGACUAAUUUAUACUGAUUAUAUAUAGGGGUGAUUCCUUUGAUUUUGUUAUAGAGUGUGAUUGUUGGAUUUUUGGUAAAUUCUGAUUAUUUGUCAAAGUUAAAUUUUGUUUGUGUGUUUUGUCACAAGAUUGUACGAAGUUGUAGAACUGCACGCCAUAUAGAUGUAGGCACAUUAAAAUUGCAGGACAAAGAUAGAAAAACACUUGAAAUACACCAGUCCUCAAAUUUGAAUUAUGCAUUAUGAAGUUAAUUUACCUUAAGUAUAAAGAAAUGUUUGAGAAGGUAUUGCUAUUUUGUUGUUGUUGUGAUACAUCUACAUGUAUAUACAUUCUCUAAUGACAAAUGCUUACACAUGAAUAUCUAUUCGGGUUCAGUUUUGCGGUUUUUUGGCAUUGAAAUAAAAAGUAGAU